AAGAGAACGCCCCACUUAGUCUCAGAAGUCGGUUUCCAACCAAGUCUAUACUACAUGUCGACACCAAAGCCCUACGAUAUGGGGAGUUCACAGUCCGAAGAGUCUGGGGCGAAAGCUCCCACUCAUAUCGACUAUAAACUAGAGAACAUUAUUGCGGGGGCGCUAGAUGAUGGUGGAGUGCCCAACGUGUUCUGCGGUCACGGGCUAAUGAGCGUCUAUGGACUUGUGCAGGAGCAAAAGAGUUCCACCUGGGUAAUCCCCAACUUCUACAUCGCAGAAGCAGACUCCCUUCUCCAAGAGGCCGGUUUCCACAGUUGCCAUAGGUCUUACUGCGAGGGAUACCGGCCCAACAAGAGGCCUUUUGCACCGGCAUAUCACUACCAUGUCCAACCGCGGGUGAACAGACCGUACAAUCACGUCGUGCUCUUAUAUAAGAUGAACGACCUGUUUAUUGACCUGGCCCCGGUUCCCACGCGACUACCACCAUUGGAUGAUCCGGACUAUAUGCUAGUCGAUGAUCCUCGGCUACCAGACUACAAUGAUGAAGCUGGAAAUGGUCGUUGGAAGUCUAUUCGUUCGAUCAAAAUUCCAAAGCCAGCCCGGUUCAUUGACGCUGUGGUCCUUCUUAUGGUGAGAGAGUGGCCUCAGGACCCUACGUCUUCUAUCUGGUAUGGAUACUUGAGUGAGCUGCUGGAUCAUAUCAAUGAAAACGGGGACUAUGAGCUUGUUCCGAGUUGGGAUGUGUUGGGAGAUUCAGCGCGUGGCUUUGUGAAGUUUUAUUUCGACGGGGAGACGAAGAAGAGUCCGUGUGAGGUGAAGAAUUAUAUAUCUAGAUUACGGGAUGACAUGAUCGAGAAGACGAAGCUAUCUUUACUUCUCAUGGCAGAUGUAGAUGAAUGAUAACCAUGAGGGGUUCUUUUAUAAU